AUGGAAAACGAAGUGAUAAAUUCACUCUUAAGAUGCGUUCGACAAAUGUCUCCAGUGAGAGAAACUUAUCCGCCUACAGAAAAAUCAUGGUUUGAAGGUCUGCGAUUUAAAUCUGCAGAGCCCAAAUAUUCCGAUUAUUAUAUUUUAAACUCUCCACAAAGAAAAUCACUUGUCCCGAAGCUAGAACUAGAUCAUUGAAACUUAAAUACAGCUAAAAAACGAUUAUCUCCUGACUUUGCAAAAUCCCCUCUUAAAACUCCAGAAACAGCAGAAUCGUUCUACAGUGGCAAAGCAUCUCCGUUUAAAGAUUCUAACUCCCUAAAAAAUUUUGUUCAAAAUGAGUAUAAAAAUUUUUAAAAUAAAUUUUGUUUUACUCGGUAGGUUUUGACUAAAGUAGGGAUUUUUCCAAUGAUUUUGUUCUGACGAAGGGGGUAAGUCUCCUCAUUGCUCAAGCCCAUCUCAGCUUCCAAGAUAUUCAGGAAGAGACACAAGCAUUAGUGCAGCUGCAUCCAAAAAAAUUACUCACUCUACCCACCUCUGUGAGCGAACAAAACCAUUGGUAAAAUCCCUAUUUUUUGGGUAAAAAUUACCCUCCGUGAGUGAUCAAAAAUUUAUUAUGACAUAAUAAAUUUAAUAUUUAAGAGAUUAUUAUAAUGAAAUCUCUAGCUAAUUUUGUUGAAUUUAAAAACAGCUUGAAUUUAAAACAUAAUUUUGCAAGUGAAAAUUAAUUUUGGAUUUUUUUAAUUUCGAAAAAAAAAAUUAACCCCUUCCAUUAGCGAAUAAAAUUGUUUUUUCACUCACCGAAGGGGAGUCAGGACAGCAUGCAACAAAUUUAUAUGAGUUUUGAUGAUGAUUUUUCUCCCGAAAAAAGAAAUUUUGAAAAAGAAAUAAGAUUGGAAGAAGAGCAAAAUAAGCACAUUAAAGAACUUCGUGAUAAUAUUGAAAAAUAUGAGAAACUAAGGCAUGAAGGAACUAGAAAGCAAGAAAAUGUAAAAUAAAUGUAGAAAAUUUGUGAAGUAAGUAAAGAGGGAAAUGAUAAUUAUGAAGGUCUGGUUGAAAAGAUUAGCUUAAUGAAGGAAGAAAGUCUUAGAUUAAGAAAAGCAAUUGGCAUUUAUAAGAAUAAAGAAGGUGAAUCUCUUAAGAGGAUCAAUCGAAAAAGUUCAAUGAUUUAA